AUGGCCGUGAUCCGUUGUUUGAUGUUGCUGCUGGUGUGCAGCAGUCUGUCAACAGCCAAGCGGAUCGAGGAAAAAUCCAAAGUUUCAGAGCUGCUCGAAAAUGGGAUCAAGGAGGGAACUUCAGUUAAGGGCGUGAAGAGAGGCAUCAUAUCGACCGGCUACGGGCCCUUGUUGGGCCACGGCUCUUUGUUGGGCCACGGUUUAGGCGGGGGCAUUAGCAUCGGCAGUGGAAUCGGGUACGGCGGGGGAAUAGGCAUCGGUGGGAUAUCAGCCGGCCCGGCCAUAUCCGUCUCAUCCGGAUCGGGAUUGGGGAUCUCUUCUGGCAUCGGCAUCGGUUCCGGAAUAGCUAUUGGAUCCGGCAUCGGCGGCGGAGCGGCGAUCUCCGCCGGUCCCGCUAUAGCAGUAUCUUCUGGGCCAGCCAUUGCUGCCGGGCCAGCAAUCGCCGUCGGCGGAGCGGUUGCAGCCGGACCAGCCGUCGCCGUCGCACCGGCCGGAGUCCAAACAUCGGUCGCCGUCGAGCCAAACCCCGUCAUCCUCCGCCAGGAAGUGCCCAGAUACAUAACCAGGACGAUCACCCGCGACGUGCAGGUGCCCGUCCAGGUGCCCGUGCCCGUGCCGGUCGACAGGCAGGUGCCGGUGCCGGUGCGAGUGCCGGUGCCCGUGGCGGUCGACAGGCCCUACCCAGUCGUACACAAGGUGCCGGUCGAGGUCACCCGGCAGGUGCCCGUUUACUACGAGAGGAAGGUGCCGUACCCGGUGAAGGUGCCCGUCUCGGUGCCCGUGCCGUACCCGGUUACGGUGGACAGGCCGGUGCCGGUUGACAGGCCGGUGUACGUCGACCGCCAAGUGCCCGUUCCGCACCCAGUUUACGUAGACCGUCCGGUUAGGGUUCCCGUGCCCGUGCAAGUGGACAGGCCCGUGCCUGUGCCACAGCCCGUCGUUGUUGAGAGGAGAGUGCCGGUGCCGGCUGUGGCGGCUGUGCCGGCUGUCGCCGUCGCGCCCGCCGUGUCCUCCGUUGGCGUAUCGUCAGGCAUCGGUUCGGGUGUCGCUCUUGGAUCGGGAGUGGGCAUCGGUUCAGGUGUCGGUAUUGGAUCAGGCCUAGCCAUUGGAUCCGGCGUAGGCAUUGGAUCCGGCGUAGGCAUUGGAUCCGGCGUAGGCAUUGGAUCCGGCGUGAGCAUCGGAUCUGGCUUAGGCAUCGGCUCCGGAAUUGGCGUGAGCUACGGAUCAGGCUACGGUUCUGGCUACGGUUCGGGCUACGGCAUUGGGGUACACUCCGGUCUCAGCUCAGGGAUCAUUUCCUCCGGUCUUGGGUCAGGACUGUCCCUGAGCUACGGCGGCGGUCACGGCUACGGUUUGUCCAGCGUAUCGGGUCUUGGCCACUCGGUCGGCGUAUCCAAAGUGAUCUCCACCAGCUACCCCAGCUCUGUCAUCCACAGUAGCCAC